AUGCAUCAUGGCCACUCCCGAUCACACACCUAUCUUGGCCCAUCUGCAUUCGCACCUCCUUUCUACAAUCGCCCUCCGACACCGCUCCCGCCGUCACCCUCGCUAACCUCCCUCCUGCGCACCAACUUCGGCGGCGCCCACAGUCGCCCAAAUACUCCGGACCCGUCUAGCGAUGAAGGCAGCCACCAUACCACCACUGCUACCGGAACCGGGUCACAAACACCCAAUCCGGCCUCCGCAUCCGCCUCCACCAUCUUCCGCUCUGCCAAACCCAUCCCACGUGCCAGCCCCAAGGUACCGACCUACGAAUACUAUGGCUUCACACUCUACCUCACAAGCAGUCUAGCAUUCCUCCUCUACCUCCUCUGGUCAUUCCUGCCUUCCGCAAUCCUGCACCAGUUGGGCAUACACUACUACCCGGAUCGCUGGUGGGCGCUCGCAAUACCUGCGUGGACCGUCAUGCUGGUCUUUUACAUCUAUAUUGCGCUUGCCGCGUACAACACAGGUCAUCUGACGUUACCAAUGGAUAGCGUGGAGUGCAUUGUGGACGAAGCGGCGAACGUGGCGAUUGUGGAUGCGAAGGGGAAGAUUGUUAGCACGAAGGCUGGGAAGGGUAAGCACGGUGGCCACUCGCGGAAUGCGAGCUGGAACAAGACGCAGCUUGAUGCCGGCUUGGCCUGGAGGGAGCUGUGGAACGAAGGCACGGAUGCCGUAAUGGAUAUACCCAUUGGUGGUGUAUGUGAGAUACUGUACGGAACUCACAACGGUUACGGCAGUGAUGACCAAUGA